AUAAAUUAUGCUCCAUGGUUUCUGCCCUCUUAAAGAGCCUGAUCUCAUCUUACAUAUAUAAGAUCCGCAAAGGAAUGUUUACAAAGAAAUCGGGAAAUAGUACAAAAAGGAAAGAGAGUUGUCAGAGCAAAAAGGAACAAGACUUUACUCAAAUUGGACAUACAAAGAAUCCAAAAUUUUCCAAUACUUUAAAAAGCACCGUUAAAAAGAUCACCAAGUGUCCAUCUGCUCGCAACUUAUCAACUGAAGAAGAGGAAAGCAAUAGAGAAUUUUCCCUUUCACCAACAUUCAGUUACAGGGUUGCUAUUGCCAACGGACUGCAAAGGCACGUUUUGGUAGCGCACACUAAUAAUGAAGAUAUAGUUCAAGAUCUGUCUUCAAAUGAUAGCUCGUGUUCUGACUCUUUGAGUGAAAUAAAAGGCAAUAGCAAGAGGAACGAAUACUCAUCACACACAAUGCCUGUGAGACGCAACAGGAAAAGCUUGAGCAGCCUCGCGCCUUCCGACGGAAGUUCAGAUGGAGAACGCACUUUGCACACCCUGAAACUGGGAGCUUUACGAAAACUAAGGAAAUGGAAAAAGAGCCAAGAAUGUGUCUCAUCGGACUCAGAACUAAGUACAUGGAAGAAAACAUGGGGAUUAAGAAGUAAAUCUCUGGACAGAGCUGGGCGUCACCAGAAAUCAAAUACUCUUGAGCCUGGCUUUAGCUCGACAGGUUGUAUUAGUCAAACCCAUGAUGUUAUGGAAAUGAUCUUUAAAGAGCUUCAGGGAAUAAGUCAAAUUGAAACAGAACUCUCUGAAUUAAGAGGGCAUGUUAAUGCUCUGAAACAAUCAAUUGAUGAAAUUUCCAGUAGUGUAGAAGUUGUACAAAAUGAAAUUGAACAAUUGCGAACUGGAUUUGUACAGUCCAGAAGAGAAACUCGGGACAUACAUGACUACAUUAAGCAGAUUGGCCAUCCAGGAAACAAAGCAAGUCUUAGGUUUUUAAACGUGCCUGAAGAGAGACUUGAAAAAACUGAAAGCAUAGUUUACAAAAUAUUAAUAGAUAAAAUGGGGUUCUCAGAGGCACAAAGCACUAUUAAAAUUGAGUUUGCCCAAAGACUGGGGCAACAAAGAGACUGUCCAAAUGCAAAGCCAAGACCCAUUCUUGUUUACUUUGAGUCAUCACAACAGAGAGAUUUGAUUUUAAAAAAGUCUUAUAAACUUAAGGGAACUGGCAUUGGAAUUUCUACAGAUAUAUUUUCCCAUGACAUAAAAGACAAAAAAGAAAGAGGACUGUCUUCUUCUCAGACAUAUGAAAGUAUGGAUAUGAAACUUUUAACUGUGGAGACAAAAUCUAAAAUGCAUGACUGGGAGUCACCUGACAGUGAUAAAGACUUGGAAUCAGAUAUAAAUAAGAACAGUUAUGCAAAGAUAUCUAAAUCAGUAUAUCAAAUAAAAACUAGCACUGCAAAGGGGAUUAUUGAGUCCCCAAACACUAAAGACCUUAAUAGAACUGCUGACAAUGGCACCUUUUCAAACAGAAGUUAUGGCAAUCAGUCACCAGAAUUUGACAAUCUGGAGAAACAAUCAAAGGCCUAUUAUUCAGACAUGACUCCUUUGUGGCAUUUACAGAAUGACUUUGCAACACCAAAGCUUAGCCGUUCAGAGUCAGACUUCUCAAAAUUGUGUCAGUCUUACUCUGAGGAUUUUUCAGAAAACCAGUAUUUUAUCAGAACAAAUGGCAGUUCACUAUUGUCUUCCUCUGAUCGAGAACUUUGGCAACGAAGGCAAGAUGAUUCUACAAACUGGUAUGGCAGUUCCCAGGAACAGACUUUUGUCCAAGACAUGCAACAGGAUCCAGAGCAAAAUGAAGUAGAAAACAUAGAAACUGUUGAUAGUGGAGUAAGCAAUGGAAUAAUCUGUGCAUCUGGAGAGAGAAACCACUAUAGUGAUACUCAGCUUGCUUUACAGGAUGACCUUUCCCAAUGGAAAGACUGGAAUCAGUUGGAACAAGGGGCAGAUUUGGGCCUAGACACAUCCACACAAGAAGUUUUUGUAUAUGAUAUGAGCAGCCCUUCAGAUCAACAGACAGAUUUUGGAAAGGGCCAAAAUUCUGACCUCCAGUAUGAUACUGAAAGCUAUGAUUUCACCCUAGAUGGUACUUCUCCAUCAUGUCCAGGCCUUGACAGUGAAACACAAAGUCAGUGGACUGGUCAAUAUGAUGAUUAUCAGGAUACAAAUUCUAUUUCCUCUUAUCAGAAUCAAAACAGAUUGCCUAUGAUGUACCGAAGUCAGAGUGAACUGCCUAGCGAUGAUUCAGAAGAAACGGCCCCUAAAUCGUGGCAUAGCCGGUUGAGCAUAGACCUUUCUGAUAAGGCUUUCAGCUUUCCUAAAUUUGGAUCUACACUUCAGCGUGCUAAAUCAGCUUUAGAAGUAGUCUGGAACAAAAGUACUCAGAGUUUAAGUGGAUAUGAAGACAGUGGAUCAUCUUUUAUGGGGAGGUUUAGAACUUUAUCUCAGUCUACUGCAAACGAAUCAAGUACAACCCUCGAUUCUGAUGUUUAUGCUGAGCCUUACUGCUACAAAGCAGAGUAUGAGGAAGACUUAAUUGAACCAUCUGGUGAGAAUGAAACAGAUUAUGUAGAAGUCAUGGAACAAGUGCUUGCUAAACUAGAAAACAGAACUAAUAGUAGUGAAACCAGUGAGCAAGUCCAAGAAUAUGAACUGGAGCAGUCUUUGUAUGAAACUCCAUAUGCAAUGCUACCAGAGGAGCAAUAUGACACUCAGUUUGACAGUGUGAUCAGUGAAGAGAUAUUAGAAGUUGAAAGUGAUGUGGUUCCUGAGGUAGAAAUCAGAGAAGAUGAAAACCAGAAUGUCCCAGAGACAGUUACUGAAAUUCCAAAGAAGAAAAGAAUACGACCAUCAUUCAAAGAAGCUGCUUUAAAAGCAUACAAGAAACAAAUGAAUGAUUUGGAAGAGAAGAUCCUUGCUGGAGAUAGCGGUUCUGUGGAUGAAAAGGCUCGGAUAGUAAGUGGAAGUUCCUUGGAUGCUUCCAAGCUUUAUGCAGUCCAGGCAUUUACUGGUGGACUGUAUGGCAUUGACAGCAUGCCAGACCUGCGCAGGAAGAAAUCGUUUCCCAUUGUUCGAGAUCUGGCUAUGACACUUGCAGCUCGAAAGUCUGGUAUUUCCAUGGCCAUGCUCACCCGGACCUCCAUAAACACUGAGGAAAUGAAAAUACAUGUCUUCAAGAAGACAUUGCAGGCUUUGAUCUAUCCUAUAUCAUCAACCACACCUCAUAACUUUGAAAUUUGGACAGCUACAACUCCCACAUACUGUUAUGAAUGUGAAGGUCUACUUUGGGGCAUAGCCAGACAAGGCAUGAGAUGCACGGAAUGUGGUGUCAAGUGCCAUGAGAAGUGCCAAGACCUCCUGAAUGCUGACUGUUUGCAGAGAGCAGCUGAGAAAAGUUCCAAACAUGGUGCAGAAGACAAAACACAGAAUAUUAUUAGUGCUAUGAAGGAAAGAAUGAAGAUUAGAGAGAAAAAUAGACCAGAGGUGUUUGAAGUGAUCCAGGAAAUGUUUAACAUUUCCAAAGAAGAUUUUGUACAACAUACAAAAGCAGCAAAACAAAGUGUUUUAGAUGGAACAUCCAAAUGGUCAGCAAAAGUAACCAUCACAGUUCUUUGUGCUCAGGGCUUGCAGGCUAAGGACAAAACUGGCUCCAGUGACCCGUAUGUUACUGUGCAAGUUGGCAAAAACAAGCGGAGAACAAAAACCAUAUUUGGAAACUUGAAUCCCGUAUGGGAUGAAAAAUUCUAUUUUGAAUGCCAUAACUCUACAGAUAGAAUAAAGGUGAGAGUAUGGGAUGAAGAUGAUGACAUCAAAUCUAGAGUAAAGCAACAUUUCAAAAAAGAAUCAGAUGACUUCCUGGGGCAAACAAUCAUUGAAGUAAGAACACUGAGUGGAGAAAUGGAUGUAUGGUAUAAUUUAGAAAAGCGAACAGAUAAAUCAGCUGUUUCUGGUGCCAUUAGACUGAAAAUCAAUGUUGAAAUAGAAGGAGAGGAGAAAGUUGCUCCCUAUCAUGUGCAGUACACCUGUCUACAUGAGAAUCUGUUCCAUUACUUGACGGAAGUUAAAUCUAACGGAGUGGUGAAAAUCCCUGAGGUGAAAGGCGAUGAGGCCUGGAAGGUGUACUUUGAUGAUGCUGCCCAGGAAAUCGUGGAUGAAUUUGCAAUGCGCUAUGGAAUCGAAUACAUUUAUCAGGCUAUGACGCACUUUUCCUGUCUAUCUUCUAAAUAUAUGUGCCCUGGUGUUCCAGCAGUUAUGAGCACAUUGUUGGCCAAUAUAAAUGCUUUCUAUGCUCAUACCACAGCAGCAACAAAUGUAUCCGCCUCAGACCGCUUUGCUGCUACUAACUUUGGGAGAGAAAAGUUCAUAAAACUGCUGGAUCAGUUGCACAAUUCUCUGAGGAUUGAUUUAUCCAAAUACAGGGAUAAUUUUCCUGCCAGCAAUUCUGAAAGACUCCAGGAUCUGAAAUCAACUGUGGACCUGCUUACCAGCAUUACUUUUUUUCGGAUGAAGGUCCUGGAACUGCAGAGCCCGCCUCGAGCCAGCACUGUGGUGAAAGAUUGUGUAAGAGCCUGCCUGGACUCAACUUACAGAUACAUCUUUGACAAUUGCUAUGAUCUCUACUCCCAGUUAGUGGAUCAGAGUAAGAAACAAGAAGUUCCUAAAGAAGAACAGGGACCAACAACAAAGAAUUUGGAUUUCUGGGCCCAGCUUAUUACUCUGAUGGUCACCAUUAUAGAUGAAGAUAAAACAGCAUAUACACCAAUCUUGAACCAGUUCCCUCAAGAGUUGAACAUGGGGAAAAUCAGUGCUGAAAUCAUGUGGACUCUGUUUGCCCAGGAUAUGAAAUAUGCUCUGGAAGAACAUGAAAAGCAGCGGUUAUGCAAAAGCACAGAUUAUAUGAAUUUGCACUUCAAAGUGAAAUGGUUUUAUAAUGAAUAUGUGCGAGAACUCUCCACUUUCAAGGAUGCAGUGCCUGAAUACUCUCUGUGGUUUGAACCAUUUGUCAUUCAGUGGCUGGAUGAAAAUGAAGAUGUCUCAAUGGAGUUUCUUCAUGGAGCACUAGAAAGAGACAAAAAAGAUGGGUUUCAGCAAACGUCAGAUCAUGCCCUCUUCUCUUGUUCUGUGGUUGAUGUCUUCACACAGCUCAAUCAAAGCUUUGAGAUUAUUAGGAAACUGGAGUGUCCUAAUCCAGAAGCACUAUCUCACUUAAUGAGAAGAUUUGCAAAGACUAUCAACAAAGUGCUUCUUCAGUAUGCUGCUAUUAUUUCAAGUUACUUCAGCUCGUAUUGUGAUAAAGAAAAUGUGGCCUGUAUCUUGAUGAACAACAUUCAACAAUUAAGAGUCCAGCUUGAGAAAAUGUUUGAGUCCAUGGGAGGAAAGGAGUUGGAUCCUGAAGCUAGUGUUGUUCUAAAAGAACUUCAGGCGAAACUUAGCAAUGUAUUGGAUGAACUCAGUGUAACAUAUGCUGCAAGUUUCCAAUUUGUUAUUGAAGAUUGUGUAAGACAAAUGAGCAAUGAACUGAAUCAAAUGAGAGGCAAUGGGAAUGCAGCAGCCAACAAGAACAGUGCAGCCAUCGAUGCUGAGAUUGUGCUUCGGCCUCUCAUGGAUUUCCUGGACAAAACUUUAAGCAUCUCUGCAAAAAUCUGUGAGAAGACAGUUCUGAAACGGAUUUUGAAAGAGCUCUGGAAGUUGGUCUUAAACAAAAUAGAAAAACAAAUUGUGCUUCCACCACUGACAGACCAAACCGGGCCCCAGAUGAUAUUCAGUGCAGCCAAAGAUCUUGGACAACUGUCAAAACUCAAGGACCAUGUGAUUCGAGAGGAAGCCAAAAGCCUGACCCUGAGGCAAUGUGCAAUAAUGGAAGUAGCACUGGUGACUAUAAAGCAAUACUUCCAUGCUGGAGGGAGUGGGCUGAAAAAGAAUUUCCUGGAAAAGAGCCCAGACCUACAGUCCCUCAAGUACGCUCUGAGCCUUUACACACAAACUACAGACGCCUUGAUAAAGAAGUUUAUAAACACUCAGACUUCUCAAACUCAAACUGCUAAUAAUUCCGUGGGUGAGAUAUCUAUACAGGUGGAUGUCUCCACACAUCCUGGAACUGGGGAGCAUAAAGUCACUGUAAAAGUUGUGGCAAUUAAUAAUCUAAACUGGCAAACGACAGCCAUGUUCCGGCCGUUUGUGGAAGUUUGCAUGUUAGGCCCUAAACUAAGUGACAAGAAAAGAAAACAUGGAACCAAGACAAAGAGCAACACGUGGUCCCCAAAAUACAAUGAAACUUUCCAAUUCAUGCUGAGUAAUGAAGAUAAGCCAGGAGCCUACGAACUUCACCUGUCAGUGAAAGAUUACUGCUUUGCUCGGGAGGACCGAAUUAUAGGAAUGACAGUCAUUCAGCUGCAAAGCAUCGCGGAGAAAGGGAGCUGUGCCUCCUGGUACCCCCUGCUGAGAAACAUCUCCGUGGAUGAGACUGGGCUAACCAUUCUUAGGAUACUUUCUCAGAGGAACAAUGAUGAAGUUGCUAAAGAGUUUGUAAGACUUAAAACAGAAACAAGAUCUGCUGAAGAAACGGCCUAAAAUCCUCGAGUAAUGCAAGAUUGUCACCGCCAGAACAUAGAUACAAUGCUGUUGUCUGAAUAGUGCAUGCAUGUGCAAAUCUGUGGGAAUGUUUAACUAACUAUGUUUUCAGUGUUUGCCAGUACUUAUGUACUAUAUUUGCAAGGUAUGUCAAGGAGCUGUAUAUCUUUUAUACAUAUUUUGGUCUUUGGUAAAGUAAUUGUUCCAAUGAAGUGCCAAAACUAAGAGUAAAUGUUUCAUCAGAUCUUUUGAAACGUUGAUUUCACCUCAUCACAAUUCCUUUAUUUUUUAACAUUUAUUAAUAAAUAAUUAGCUUUUUUAACUGAUUAAUAGGUUGUCUCUGUUAAAUUACUGUGUUGCUUAUUCUAAAUUAAGUUACCUCCUUUACCAUUAUUUUACAAAUGAGGUACCUAGUUUUCUUCAAACUAUCAUUUUAUCCAAGCCUCAUUUUAGGUGUCUUACUGAUAACUUUUUCUAUCAUUACUACAGAUGCAGUUACUUAUAGAAAGUGUUUGUAAUUUUAUAAUUACCAAUAUAAAGUAAUGAUUUUUGCAUAAAAACUGAAAAAGGAUGGAAAUAUUUUAUGCUAAUCUCUUUUCCAACCUUUCAUAAAUAUCACUGUGAAGAAAUGCUGUUAAAGCAGGUCCUCAAGAAGCUGUGCUUACCAGAGUUUGUUACUGAUGUUUGAUAUCUUGAGAUAACUUUGUUCUUCAAAACUGCCAUGGUAAUAUCAUAUUUGUAUUAAAGAGUAAGUCAGUAUCUGUAGAACAGAUUGCUGUACAGUACAGUAUAUGUGCUUUUAAAAAGUCAUUUUUUAAAUGAUAUGGUACUGUACAAGGUUUGGUAGUUUGGGAUAUGUAAUGCCGGUUUGUGGUUUGUUUCUAGAAAUUGUUUAUGAAAAGAAAAGAUGCUGUGAGCAUUUUCACUCAGAGUUAUAACGUUGCUUUACAUACUUAGCUGUAACAUCAGUUAAGUGCUUUAUUUCUUUAAUUAUUUUUUUUUUUUUAGAAAUGUUCAACAGUUUGUACUUAUGCAACAUUACUAUGUAUUGCACUAAAGCAAACUCUGUGUCCUGUAAAUAUAUUUAGUGAGGAAUUGUAAAAUAAAGUAUGCAGAAACUGC